CACAGCCUUUAACUGCGCGGGAGGGAGGGUUUAACCAUUAACCACCAUUAACCAUUAAGGCAGCUGUGCAGAGCCGGUACCGUACAUAAGGCGUGCACACCGGCGUCCACGCCUCAGCCUGAGCGCGUUACCAAGAGGUGGAGGAUACAUGCAGCCAGCCACACGGAGUCCUUGUGCUCUCACUGAUCACCAUCAUCAUCAUCAUCACUCCGGUUGGUCCGCUUCUCGUCUCUGUACCGCUGACACUGAAAGGUGUCCGUCCACUCUGGUUGGAGAGGUACUUUUCUGCAGCCGGUAAUUCAAUCCUUGUACUGCAGACUUUAAAUAUCUCCCUUGCAAACCUCCCAGCAGCCACGUGGUGUAAGGUGAGACAUUCCCAGUGCGGUACACUGACCAGUCUGACAUGAUCAGUGGACUGAGAGCGUGAACAGUCUGUGCUGCAAUCUGACCGCUUCAGACCUGUGAUUUUUAGCUUUUACUGAACCUUAAAGGACUGUACAAGUGACUGGAGGGGAUUUCUGUGGCACGUCCCCGAGCCCAUUGUUUCCUUCCUCUUCAGUGUUAAACCAAUAUGCUUUCUUCUUUUUUUUGUCGGCCUACCUUGAGCACCUUGCAGUGAAUGGAGAACAUACUGGUUCUGCUCCCGAAGCACCGACAGGAACACGGACUCUGCAGACACACGGCUGCAUGUGCCUUGCUGCAGGCUUUCUCUUACAGAGCAGUUUUCUCCUGGUCUUUAAUAGCAACAUCCACUCCCUGUAAACCUCUUUAAUGGGAUAAAUCAAUUGGACUGAUCAGGUUCAAAACCAGAUCAGGUAGCAAAUUCCAUUCUGACUUCCCCAAAACUGUUAGGCCGAGGCACGCUGACCUUUCUUUGUCAAGCCUACUGUCUUCCAAAGGCUUCCGCAUGGUACUUUGGUUGAAAGAACAAGACAAACUCCCCGACAUCGACAUGUCCUCCGGGGCCAUUGAGAUGAAGAAGGAGGGAGACCCGCUGACACCGGCCUUCCUCAACUCCAACUGCACUGUCCACCCGGUAAUCCUCACCAAGGGCCCUGAGGAGGUGAACCCUGCGACCGAGGGCGAGUUCGAGCUCACAGAGGUCACAUCUUUCGCAGAGAGGGCCAGUGAGACCGGGGAGGAUGAGGAGAGGUCGGAGAUUGUGGUGGCGAUGGACUGCCGGGCCAACGCCAAAGGUCAGCGGGAAGAGGAUGCUCUCCUGGAGAACGCGAGCCAGAGCAACGAGAGUGACGACACCAGCACUAACCAGAGCCCUGAACCACCGGCACCGCUCAAGGAGACCUCCUUCUCCAUUGGCCUGCAGGUGGUGUUCCCCUUCCUGCUGGCCGGGUUUGGGACAGUGGCAGCGGGAAUGGUGCUAGACAUCGUCCAGCACUGGACAGUGUUUAUGGAGGUGUCAGAGGUGUUCAUCCUGGUACCAGCGCUGCUGGGGCUCAAAGGCAACCUAGAGAUGACGCUGGCCUCCAGACUUUCCACAGCGGCUAAUAUUGGUCAGAUGGACACAGCCAAGGACAUGUGGAAGAUGAUCAUGGGGAACUUGGCCCUCAUCCAGGUCCAGGCCACAGUGGUGGGGUUCCUGGCGUCCAUAGCUGCCGUGAUCUUCGGCUGGAUCCCAGAGGGACACUUCAGGUUGGGCCACGCAGUGCUGCUGUGUGCCUCUAGCGUGGCCACUGCCUUCAUAGCCUCUCUGCUGCUAGGGCUCAUCAUGAUCGGUGUGAUAGUCGCGUCCAGGAAGGUCGGCAUCAACCCCGACAAUGUGGCCACGCCCAUCGCUGCAAGCCUGGGAGACCUGAUCACCUUGUCCCUGCUAGCAGGCAUCUCAACGGGACUGUACAAGGAACUAGAGUACAAUAACUAUGCCAACCCACUGGUGUGUGCGGUGUUUGUGGCCAUGUGCCCUCUGUGGGUGCUGAUAGCCAGGAAGAUACCAUCCACCAGAGAAGUCCUCUACUCCGGCUGGGAGCCGGUUAUCAUCGCCAUGGCUAUCAGCAGUGUCGGUGGUCUGAUCCUCGACAAGACCGUCACCAACCCGAACUUUGCUGGCAUGGCUGUGUUCACCCCGGUCAUCAAUGGUGUGGGGGGUAACCUGGUCGCCGUUCAGGCCAGUCGGAUAUCCACCUAUCUGCACAUGAACGGUCUACCCAUGGGAGAUCCCAACCCCACCCCCAGGAAGUGCCCCACACCCUGCACCUCCUUCUUCGGCUCCACUGUGAACUCUCGUUCGGCCCGUGUGCUCUUCCUCCUGGUCGCCCCCGGUCACCUCGUCUUCCUCUACACCAUCAACUCCCUGAGAGGGGGACACACCACCCUGACACCCAUCUUCAUCACCUUCUACCUGGCUGCUGCACUGCUCCAAGUGAUGAUCCUCCUCUACCUGGCAGACUGGAUGGUCCACUGGAUGUGGGGCCGAGGCAUGGACCCCGACAACUUCUCCAUCCCCUACCUGACUGCUCUGGGUGACUUGCUGGGAACCGGCUUCCUCGCCCUCUGCUUCCACAUGCGCUGGUUCAUUGGGGACAGAGACUCUAAUGUGGGCAACUGAAUGCAUGCACAGACACACGCACAACAAAACAAAACAAAGACAAAGAAAAGAAAAGCAAAAAAAAAAAAAAAAAACUUCUCACACUGUACGUUUGCAC